ACGUCAGCAAAGUCCGUACCAAAAGUUCAAAAAUUUUUUUUACAAAUUCGUACACCCGUUGCAUUAGUCGUAUAGAUCUUGAAAUGCUGAUCAAGAAAAUGUAUAGGAACAUGAACUUUUUACAAACGGUUGCAGAGAUAUUGGGGUUUGUAGGUUUUGUGAUGACGUCAUCAACCCAUCCAUUCCGAAACAGAUUCGGGGACCCAGGUUUGGGAAACUUACCCAAAUUGGUCCCAGGUGGUCCCUAGUUACCUACGCGGUGAAAAAUCAUUGACGUCACCACCUCGUUUCCAAGUUAUUUGGCCUCAAAGUCUUAAGUGCACUAUAACAGCUUAAUUAAUUUAAUAUAGGAUAUUGACGUUAAAGUAGUGCUAUUGACGUCGCACCGUAACGUCAGAAAAUUUAACAUAUUAGACAUGCAUUUUUUAGUUACUUCAAAGAAAAUUUCAGUAAAAUUAAAGGAAAAUGAACAUAUCCACUUUGCCUGUUACAGACACACGGAACUGGCGUAUUAUUAUAUAGAUACUUUCUGACAUAGAUUUUCUGAGAAAAAACUUCAUUGAAUACUAAAUAUCAAUAUCAUCAAAGAAUAUGCUUAGUAGUGAGCAAAUUUUUUUUGCCCUUAUUGUACAGGGUGUGAAUGUAAUAAGGGAAAAAACUUUUGUCGCAUUUGCAUUAAGAGGCAGAUCAACUAUUAUUAAGAUGAGAGUUUUUACCCGGGUUAUUUUGAAUUUUUAAAUUUAUAAAAGCUAAUACAGCUUUGACUGUUCUUUCUAUAAAUUAUAGCAGAUCAGAUAUUACCAUAAAAAACAGUAAUUUGUAUGCACUAAAUAAUUUAUGCAGUAAUUUUUUUAAGGCGGUUAUUACUUUUAUUGAAAUCUUAAUGAGGUGUUUUUUAUUUCUAUUUUUGUUGAGGAAAGAAAAUGGUUUUAAGGGUGAUUUUCACACAUUGAUGUUGUUUUUUUAACAAGUAGAAUAAAACAAUAGAAUGUGAAACAUUUUUUUAAAAAGGUGAUAUACAUUAAAUGUAGUAUAUAUUCAAAUACAUUUCUUGUUUUAAUCUCUUCCAAUUUUUGGUCUCUUUGUGUGUUCUAUGUUUUUUCAUUAGGUAAAGUAACAAGCUGUAAAAUGCUGGAAACUAAUUAUUUUGCUUAGAACUGAUACCAUGGAGAACCUUCUGUAGUUUUUUCUUCAGUUGCAACAUUUUCCCACCUUUUUUAAAUACAUUUAUUGUUGUUUUAUUGCGAAUCCACCUACUGUGGUAUUAUCAGUCAUUCGUUGUUUUUAGAAACUAAGUUAUAAAAUGAGCAAAGAUGAUGAGAAUAAUGGGAAAGCACAGCAGUCACAAGCUAAAGCUGAAAAUGAAGUAUCACCAAUGCACCAAUCAAAAGUAAUGUCUAGCGAGUUAACAAAUAAUAAUAUAUCACCUAGUUUAAGCACUGUCUACCUACCAUCAUGUGGCAUAUACAUCAACAAUGUUGUAACAUCACAUAAACAUACUAUUUUGCAAUUUCCUGACAACAGCAAGAUAUUAAAACAUUUCCCAAUGCUUGAUAAAAUUUCUCAGACCACGCCUAAACUAUUAAAUCACAAGAUGCAGUAUAGCUUGUUGACUGCAACAAAAUCUGUUUUGGAAUUAUGUCAUAAGCUUUUUGAAAUGGAGAAAAAAAUAAAAUGUUUGAGUAAAUCCUGGGAAGAUACUACAAAAAUGCUGGACAGUAUAGAUGUUAAAAAAAGAAACACAGAAGUAUCUAAUUCUCAUUUUCAAGUACUAUCAACAACCACUAAAUCGUCUUUAGAUACCUUAGUGAACGAUAUAAAAGAUUCGUUGAAACUGCUGGAAGGGAUACCCGCGGAUGUGUUCAGUCCUAUCUGUUACCAAAAAUUGUUUGCACAGUUAAAAACAAAACAAGGGACAAAUGUAAUGAUUUACCAUUGCACAUCAUUGAUCCAAUAUGUUACUUCAUUGGCAGAGCAUGUGAUAAAGCUUCAAAGUUCCCUUUUGUUAUGCACUGACAUUGAUUUGACGUUUGCCACAAUUGUAUAUAAAUGUUAUUUGCUCUUAUUAAACAUUGCGGCAUAUAAAUUUAAGGUGUCAAAACUCCCAGGUGUAAACAUGCAGUGUUCAGUCACCAAUAACCGUAAAAAUUUGAGAAAGAGAUAUAAUUUUGUUUUCUUAAAUCCAGGAACUUGCUUGCAUGCAGUGAUUGAUAUCAGCAAGCUUAGUCUUAACAACUACAUUCAGGAAUUAGCAAAAACGCAAAGUUUUUCAUUAGCAGAAAAACUAAGUAAUGCUUCAUCGAAUUCUGUGUUUAAAAUUGUGACUAUCAACAAGCAUGCUGAAACUUUUACAACCAAUGAACAAGUUAAAGAAAUUAGAUAUAACGGUGUUUUACCGGAAACCGAAAGUUUAAGAUAUAACCCAGAAAAUUGUACCAAACUGUUGAAGAAGUAUUAUUUAAAAAUUCUUUCAGACGUCCAACAUGGUUUUUCCCAAUUAUUAAGUGAGAUUAUGGAACUUAAUAACAACAUUUUAAGGAAAAACACACAUCUGCUGUUUAAACCAACUCCCUUUCAUGAUGGUAUAUCAGGUUUUAGAAAACUUGGUAAUAAGAGAUUGUUUUGUUGGGAAACGAGUAUUGGUCCUGUGCAACAAGAAUAUAUAUAUGACCAAUAUGCUACAACAUUGUGGAAAACUGUAAAAGAGAAAAUUACGACAGCUUAUGUUAGUGCAUGUAUGAACUGUGAGAAGAGUUACUUAAAUGGGCAAAAUAAUUUCAAGCUCAGAAAGGCUGAAAAAGAUUUAGUGCGGCAUGUCACAGCAAAGUUAGACAGUGCCAAUGUAUCACAUCUUUUUCUGGAAGUUCUGUCCGUACUUUCUUUCAACAUGUCUACCAUUUAUAAUCUUCAGCAAUGGGAUGCAGGAUUAUCAAAAACGAUGUCUGUAUUUUUGAAGGAUCGAUUUCGUUAUACUGAUGGAGAUUCAGGAAGUGCAAGCAGCCAAACUGUUCAACACGUUCUUAAAUUUCAAUUCGUUUUACUAAAAGAUCAAAUUGCAGACUUAAAAAAGGAGGGGCAGUGCUCCUGGAAAGAAACUGGCAAUAAUGUUGUUGACCUGCAAAAUUUACUACUUCAGCCCCUAAGGACAUCUUGUGCAUUUCUGAACUUUUGUCUUUUCACAAAGCGUAAGCAGUUUCUGUCGUCAGCCUCAUGGGAGCAGUUUUUUGUAGUAUCGGCGGUUGAUAUAAAUAAGAUUGUUUACUAUGGUGAAUUGACUAUAAACGCUGUUGAAGAAUUAUUGGAAAGUGAGGAAGAAAAUGAAUUUCCAGAAAUAUUGAACCGCUGGAAGACGUUUGAAGAGAAUAGUUUAAAAAUGAUGGCAAAAUCGAUAGGUUGUAGGUCACAAAGUGUUUGGCAACAACAUAUGCCUUCUAAAAAGAUCUGGAGAAGAAGAGGAUCCAGUACACUAGCUUAUCAAGCCAGCCCAUACAUCAACGUUGCUAUUCAAAGCGUGUUUGCGCCAUUUAUGGCAAGCCUAAGCUGUUUGUCAAGAGAUCAAUCCAUUGAUGUCAUUUGCAGAUGCGUGCAGGUUUUCAUUAAAACUUGGAUGGAGCAUAUAUUAAAUGAACAGAUACCAUUCAGCCGAUUUGGAGCUACUCAACUUGACUUUGAUUUUCUCCACUUUCUUCGAUGGUUUGAACAAGAUUGUUUUGAUUUCUCGUUGGAAGAAUUGAGCGAAAUUCACGACGUACCUGUGAUAGCAGACAUGAAAUCCGCCAUCUUGCUUCUUUCCUGUCAACCUCCAAGUAAAAGAAACAUACAAGACGAGCAGCUGCUACUUAGUCUUAAUUCGGCUUCUAAUAACCUUGCCUCGUCCACGUCCGCAAUCUCGCAGGUUUCUAUUGGAUCUCUCACUGGUAACCAGUACGAUGAAAUUAUCCAAGAUGUCCACCUACAUGAUAAAGAAAGAUGGUUAGCUUUACGGGUUAAAGGUGGCAAUCUCUCUAAGAAGGGCUUUCUCUGCGUUGGUUGAAAGUGAGAAGAUUUUUAGCAUAAUUACAAUAUAUGACGUAUCUGCGGGAAGCAAAUAAAAGCUCGCCCCUGAAGUUAAAACGCCCAUAAAAGUUAGCCUUUAAGGUUGUAAGGCAUUUCGUUAACAAAGAUGCAGCUAGGUACAAUCAUAUUUAUGUUUUGUUAUAAUUUAUACAACAUUAUACCUCUAUAAACGUCAUGCUGGCCAUGAAAUGUGUACGACAAAAAUAGAGAUUUCGGUUCAUCUACCCGCAGUUUUCUGCCUUUUUAACUCUUUUUAUCGAAUUUAAUUGCAUAUAUCUUUAAAAGUAAAAGAAGUUAAACGUUCCUCUUGUGCUCGUUGGAUAGCUAUUUCAAUCCUCUAAGAAAGUAUCAAAAUCUUUUGCCCAUUCUGCACCACCCGGUCUGGUCACCUGUACCCACACCCGGUCUGGUCACCUGUGUCCUGCGGUAGUCAAAGGAUUAGCAAAGCGAAUAUUUUUUUGCGUGAACGACAAUUUGCUUUUUAGGAAAAUGUCUGCGAGUACUGUAAAAGGCAUUGCUAUAUAUUUCGAAUUAGUUGUCACCCUAUACAAUGUACGGCGUAAAGUUAACCCCGGGUAACACCUUAAAUCUAAAUAAAUUAAAACUUGAACCCAAAAUAUGGAUUCCUUAAAGUAGAUUUAUUUUCUGUAACGUUUUAAAAAAUAUAUAUGCUUUAUACGUAUCAGAAAAGGCUCGAUUGUUACUUUUCACUUUUUACAUUUUAUCAAAAUGUCCUAAAAUAUGGAAUGCUUUUUCAGUUAUUAUUAUCCUUUCCUCUAAAUUUUGACUCUUAAAAAGUCUAGAAAUUUAACAGAUAAUUUGUAAAUAAUAAAUUCAAGUCGUUGGCCCGUUAAAAAAAUCCUCGGAAGCGUCCGUCAGCAAAUUAUUUACUCUGUGGGGGACUCAGAACGAAGCCUCGCGUAAUCAUUUUAAACCCCCACAAUAUGGCUAUUGUUAAGUUAAUUUAUAAAUACAGACAGGCAGCAUUUCAAGGCUAUAAAUUUGUAGAAUCUUAUGGCCUAAAAGACCGAGAGGGGAUUUCUGAAGGAAUAGGGUACAAUUUUAAAAGUAUUUUUAUUUUUAAUGAAUGUAAAUAUUGUAUUUAUUAUUAUACCUGCAUUUAAAUGUUUUUUUUAUGUCUUGUUAAAAAAUUAAAAAGAAAAUUAUACGUUCAAUGGA